AUCCUCAUCAGUCAACUCAAGCAAAACAAAGCAAACAACCUCUCGCUCAAACAAAACACUCGUUUUCACCUUAACCACCUUUCCUACAAAACAACCGCCAUCAUGAAGGUCACCGCCGUCUUCGUUGCCGCCCUCGCCACCCUCGGCGCUGCCUCUCCUCCCAAGGGCUGCACUCCCGGAACCUAUUCUUGCACUCCCGACGCCAAGGGCUGGCAGGUCUGCGAUGUCUCCCGCGCCUGGGUCUUCGCUGGUGCCUGCCCCCCCAACACCGGCUGCGUCUUCUACAAGCCCAGCAACAGCCCCUACUGCGUCCCCCCCGGCUUCAAGUUCCCCCAGAACUAG